GACUAGUGGAGUCUUAACUUCAGUUUCACUGGCUAUUCCCAUAUCUAUGAAAAAUUCUACAGUGCCGCGUGGGAGCACCGUGAAGGAGAUUUCGGUACCCAAGCAUGACCCUUAUAUAUAACGUGAGCAACAUCUCUUUGUACUAUAGGGAGAUCUGACUGAUCAGUAGAAUACAACAUGAGGAGCAUGGCUAUAAUCCCAAGCACUUGUAUUGUUGUUAUUCAGUUUGUCUUCCUCAUCUCCUUACUUUCUUUCAAGGUUACAUCCUCAUCCAGAACAGAGGCAGAAGCUCUCAUCCAGUGGAAGAACAGCUUGUCUUCUUCCCCCUCUCUCAAUUCAUCGUGGGCUCUCACCAACAUUGAAAACCUUUGCAGCUGGACGGGCGUUGUGUGCGGCACCACCGGAACUGUCUCCGAGAUCAACCUCUCCCAGGCCAACCUCAAAGGAACGCUUGCCCAGUUUGAUUUUGGUUCGUUUACUAAUCUCACCCGCUUCAAUCUCAGCAUCAACAACCUCAACGGGUUGAUACCAUCCACAGUUGCCAACCUAUCCAAGCUCACUUUCUUGGAUUUAAGCAACAACCUUUUUGAGGGCAACAUCCCUUGGGAGAUUGGACAGCUGAAGGAGCUUCAGUAUCUUAGCUUUUACAACAACUGUCUCAAUGGCACCAUCCCCUACCAAAUUACCAAUCUUCAAAAGAUAUGGUACUUACACCUUGGAUGGAACUACCUGAAGUCUCCGGACUGGUCCAAGUUUUCGACCAUGCCUCUGUUGACACACCUAGACUUCAACUUCAAUGAACUUGCAUCAGUUUUCCCGGAGUUCAUAACUGACUGCCGGAACCUGACAUACCUCGACUUGUCGUGGAAUCACUUGACUGGUCCGAUACCAGAGUCACUAUUUCGCAAUUCAGGGAAACUUGAAUUCCUCAAUCUUGCUAAGAAUUUAUUUGAAGGCAAGAUUUCUUCUUCCAUAGGUCAACUCAGAAACCUUCAGAAACUCGAUCUCCAUGGCAAUGGCCUCAAUUCUACAAUUCCGGGGGAGCUUGGGCAUUGUUCUAACAUCAUCUUCUUGGCUCUAGCUGAGAACUUACUUGCUGGAGUGCUGCCUUUGUCCUUGACCAAUCUUAACAAGAUAUCAGAGUUGGGCUUGUCUGGAAAUUCAUUAUCUGGUGAGAUCUCCCCAUAUUUCUUCACCAAUUGGACUGAAUUGCUCUCUUUGCAACUUCAGCACAAUCACUUCUUUGGAAAAAUUCCAUCUGAAAUUGGCCUUUUGAAAAAGCUGAAUGUCCUUUUCCUUUAUAAUAAUAAGCUCAAUGGCUCAAUCCCCUCGGAGACUGGGAACUUGAGAGAGUUGUCUUCCUUAGACCUUUCGGGAAACCAACUCUCAGGUCCAAUUCCUCCAACAAUUUGCAAGCUCACCAAGCUUAAUCUCUUACAGCUUUUCUACAACAAUCUUAGUGGAACAAUUCCUCCAGAGAUUGGUAAUAUGAGCUCGCUGGUUAUCCUCGAUCUCAACACCAACAAUUUGGAAGGAGAGCUACCAGAGACCAUGUCACUCCUCAAUAAUCUAGAGAUACUCUCUCUAUUCACCAAUAAUUUCUCGGGCACUGUUCCAAGGGAACUGGGGAAAAACAACCUCAACUUGAAGAAUGUAAGCUUUUCUGACAACAGCUUCACAGGAGAACUGCCGCCUGGACUAUGUAAUAGUUUCACUCUUCAACUGUUAACAGUAAACGGCAACAGCUUUACUGGGAAAUUACCAGAUUGCUUGAGGAAUUGCUCGAGCCUAGAUCGUGUCCGUCUUGAAGGGAACCACUUCAGUGGGGACAUUUCCAAGGCAUUUGGAGUCCAUCCAAAUCUCAGUUUUAUUUCUCUGAGCGGCAACCAAUUUUCAGGCGAGCUGUCACCUGAGUGGGGAGAAUGCCAAGGCCUCACUAAAUUACAGAUGGAUGGAAAUAAAAUCUCUGGUAAAAUCCCAUCUGAGCUUGGGAAGUUGUCUCAAUUGCAGGUCCUAAGUCUGGAUUCCAAUGAAUUUACUGGGGAAAUUCCAAUGGAACUGACGAAACUAAGCCUGUUGUUCAACCUCAGCUUGCGCAAAAACUUUUUCACAGGAAAGAUCCCUCAGACUAUAGGCACUUUAUCUAAUCUCCAGUAUCUCAAUUUAGCGGAAAAUAAACUCAGUGGAAGCAUACCAAAAGAGCUUGGGAAUUGUGAGCACUUGGACAGCUUGGACUUAAGCCACAACGCUUUGUCAGGUGAAAUACCAUCAGAACUCGGAAACUUGGUCAAUUUGCGGUAUCUUUUGGACCUCAGCAGCAAUUCACUGUCAAGAACAAUCCCUUCAAACCUGGGAAAGCUUGUGAGAUUGGAGAGCCUCAAUCUCUCUCGAAACAAUCUUAUGGGGAAAAUCCCAUCAUCAUUUUCAAGCAUGCUCAGUCUAAAUUCCAUUGAUUUCUCAUACAAUCAGUUGACUGGUCAGAUUCCAAGUAGCAAUAUUUUCAAGAAGGCAGCCUAUACUGGAAACUCAGGUUUGUGUGGAUAUGCAGAAGGAUUGAAUCCUUGUUAUUCAACUUCCCCCAGCAGCAAGCCCUCCAAGUUGAACAAAAAGGUUCUUAUUGGUGUCCUUGUUCCUACUUGUGGGCUCUUGUUUUUGGCAUUCAUUGUUGCUGUAAUUGUAAUCCUCCAUCCACGAUCCAAACACUCUGAUGAAGAGACUGAAAGUACAGAAAAGUAUGAUGCUGAGGAGUGGUUAAUUUGGAAAAGACGAGGAAUAUUCACAUUUGAGGAUAUUGUGAAGGCCACCGAAGACUUCAGUGAGAAGAACUGCAUCGGAAAGGGAGGAUUCGGGAGAGUUUACAAAGCUGUGUUGCCACAGGGUCAGACAGUUGCAGUUAAAAGACUUAAUAUGUCAGACUCAAGCAACAUUCCAACAACAAAUCGGCUGAGUUUUAAGAAUGAGAUCGAAAUCCUGACAGAAGUUAAGCACCGAAAUAUCAUUAAGCUUUUUGGGUUCUGUUCCAGGAAGGGGUCCAUGUACUUGGUUUAUAAAUAUAUAGAGAGAGGCAGUUUGGGGAAAGUGUUGUAUGGGGAAGCGGGGGAGAUGGAGCUAAGCUGGGCCACAAGGGUUAAGAUUGUGCAAGGCGUGGCUCAUGCAAUUGCUUACUUGCACCAUGACUGCUCUCCGCCCAUUGUCCACCGUGAUGUAACUCUGAAUAACAUUUUGCUUGACUCGGAGUUUGAGCCACGGCUCUCAGACUUUGGAACUGCAAGAUUGUUGUACCCGGACUCAUCCAACUGGACUGCAGCAGCUGGGUCUUUUGGCUACAUGGCUCCAGAGCUUGCGUUUACAAUGUGCAUCACAGAUAAAUGUGAUGUCUACAGCUUUGGAGUGGUGGCACUGGAAGUAAUGAUGGGGAGGCAUCCAGAGGAGCUCCUAGUUUCACUACCAUCAUCAGCACUAUCUGAUGAUCCUGGUUUACUUCUGAAGGAUGUGCUAGAUCAGAGACUUCCAAUGCCCACAGGGCAAUUAGCAGAAGAAGUAGUGUUUGUAGUCAAGGUAGCCUUAGCAUGCACGCAUGCGGCUCCAGAGUCACGACCCACCAUGCGUUUUGUGGCAAAAGAACUAUCAGCUCAACCCAGGCUCCCCCAUUCAGAGCCUUUCCCCAGGUAACCCUUAAAAGAUUGACAAGCCUCCAAAAGUAGAUCAAAGUUGUAUAUGGUAAACUCGCUGUAUUAUGUAUUGUCUGCUCAAUAAAAAUGAUAGAUGUUAAAACCCCACUGUUAAAUUAGCUUCCAGGGUGGUCCACAGGGCUUUGGCUUUUGUAUACAUUGAGUAAAUGUUUGCCGUGCAUUGACCUAUAAUCCUGGUCCUUGUGUGA